AUGAAGAGAGCAGAGCUUGUGUUUAUUCCUACUCUUGGAAUGGGUCACCUCGCAUCCACCCUUGCGUUUGCAAAGCAUUUGCUUGAUAGAGAUGACCGUUUCUCCAUCACGGUUCUCGUCAUGAACCUAGCAUUUGCACCCACCAACCAUAGCCUUGUACAGUUGGUUUUUGCCUUCGACACCCUCAUAAGAUUUAUUAAUCUUCUUCAAGUAGAUCCUCCCCCGAAAGAGCUUUUCUUUAAGUCUGUUGAGAAAUUCAUCACCGAGUACGUAGAGAACUACACAAGUCAUGUCAAAGAAGCUAUUAUCAACCAUGUGUUAUCCGCUUCGCUUCCCGUUGUCGAUUUGGUGGGUGAUUUGUUCUACUUCUCCAUGAUUGAUGUGGCUCACGAACUUGGAGUCCUGUCGUAUGUCUUCUUUACUGCUAAUGCUGCUUUUUGUGGCUUCAUGCUCUACCUUCCAACUUGGCAUGACCAGGUGGGCAUUGAGUUUAGGGAAACUGAUCCCGAGUCAGUCAUUCUGAGUUAUGUCCUCCUGGUGCUUUGUCUUCAUUAG